AUAACAUAAUAAUAACAUGGUAACGUGCAAAAAAAUGUUCAGUAGAAAAUACUAAUCAGAUACAAUAUUAAAAUGUUCAUUUAAAAUGAUGUUGUGUUUUGUCAGAUGAGUAGGCUAUAUUAUGAAGCGUGAAAGAAAGGAAGAGAGGGUUUGAUGUGGAGGGUCAAAGACUACAGUGAGGGUCGAAGCACAUCUUUUCCCAACAGCAGUGAAUUCUGGGAACCCACGGGCAUGUUCAUGUUCACUGAACACUGUGGUUAAUAAUGUGAUCUUCGAGUUAACAUGCUUCUGUUAUGUCUUGACCAGCGAAAAUUACUCAGCACGAAUAGCGUACAGGAAAAUGUCUGUAGAUAUAUAUUUUUUUUGUAAUCGAAUUGGUCCAAAUCAGUCCAAAUGCUGUUAAAAUCUUCGUCUGAGCGUUAUUUCCACAGGUUUGUGUUGUUAUGGCGAAAUCCGAAUGAGGGAAUGUGUCUAUAAACGAGUAAAAAUCGAUGGCGCUAAAUAUCCUGCACACGUUCAUUCGGUCUGAAUUGAUGAAGCGAUCGGCUCAAAACGAACUCUGAUAAGAACAUGCUGUCUGUCUGUUGUUUUCUUCUCGCUUCAUUGAUUUAACUUCUCAUAAAUAUUUCAUCAGUGAAAGAGACUGCGAUGCCCUGUUUUGAUUCUUCAGAGAAGCACAGAUCGCUGAGAAGCUUUGAGAUAAAUUGCAGGCACUCUUGAAUGACAGCCGCGGUGCAUCUCUCUCAGGCGCUUGAACAUGCUUUAAUGUCUCCAGCAGGGGGCAGCAUCGGCUCUCCGGAAAUGACAUGCGGCGCACUGCAGCAAAGUCAUUUGACCAGGAUAUCAAAACAAGACCAGUGCUAAUCGGCAAAAACUCCAUUAUGGUGGCGAAUCCCGCUAUGAACGUGUGUUGUUGAGAGGACAGGCACGCGCUCCGGCAGGACACUACGGAGACUGUAGUAUGUAGUGGAGAUCGCCUGCUGUUUGCGGGGAAGGCAGAUGGCGCGUGCGAUUGCAGAAGUGAAAAAACACAAACAGGAUGGGGGGGUGAAAGUGAGGAUAGAGAAGCUCGAUAUCCUGGCUUUCCAACAGUCAUGGAAUGCGUUCGCGUGAUAUUAAAGCGUUUGGGCGAGCGCGACGCAACCCACUGCACAUGCCCAUCUUGACUAUAAGUCAUCUUUGUUCAGCCCAGCCGAACGUCAGGUGCUGAAGAAAACAAACAUGAAAGAAGGCGGAAGAGAGACGUGUGAUCCUGGAUGAGAAGAGACGCUCAUUGUCAUUGAUUGUGGUUGUCUAGGAAGCAAUGGAGAGAAAAGAAAAAUCCUUCUCUUUUGAUGCUGCCAAGUGCAAAAGUGCUCCUUUUGAGUCCACAAUAGCGCUUUCAGAUGUAGAGCGUCACGAACAAUCAUUUAAAGAGGCUUGGGUGCCUUCAGCGCGUGAGAUAUGGAGUACCCUUUGUGCCAAAAAUCGUGUUGCCGCCUGUGUUAUUCACUUCAGUUUGACUCUUUAUAAGUUUUAGAAGAUAUCCUGGUAAACGACAGCGUUUCGAUUUCUCUCACCAUCUUGGUUGAAACCAAAACUGAUGGUCUAUAGCGGUAAUCCUCAAAUCUGGACCUCGAGAUCCAUUUCCUUGCAGAGUUCAGCUUUAACCCGUAUCAAACACACCUGAGCAUGCUAAUCAAUGUCUUCGGGAUCAUCAGGGUUGGAGCUAAACUCUGCAGUGCAUCGGACCUCCAGGGUGAGAUCUGAGGAACCCUGGUCUUGAAGACAUCUUGCAGAAGCUCUGAAUAGUUGAAAUUGCCGAAGCGUAAUUGACCCUUUACAGGGCAAGCUCCUCUUAGUUACCGCUGCUACAUCUAGCGAGCCGUGCCACUACACAUCAUGUUUUCAUGUUUUCAUGCGCCGGCAUACGAUUGGUCAGAUUCGCUGUCAAUCACCCUGCGAAGUGUCCAUUAGCUGGUCAAGUGCAUUUAGUUACUGAGGUUAACAUGAAGGUUAUCGCGCGCAUUUUAAUGUUAGAAGAGGACGUCGUAACAAACGUCAGCUGACGGGGAAGAUUUUAAAAUCGUAAUUUCGUUCAUGAACGUUCAUUAUGUACAGUAUAAUUUUUUUUGUCUCCAUACCAGACAAGCACUUCCUGCACUUAUGCCUCUGCAUUCUUGCAUUGAUUUUGAACUCUUUUCUUGCCGUAGUGAUAUUUCAUUGACGAACGAGCUGAUUCCGAGGUGCACAUAUCUGCCACCGUUCCAUCAUGAGUAUGAUUCCUUGGGAAUGGUUUAUGUUUCAAACGUUUACUGUGAUACCGUGCAAGAAGUUUUUACUCGAUUCAAGGUUUCCGCACCACAAAUAACGAACGAUGUGGUGUUUUGUAAAGGUUUAGUAUAAUUGCUUUGAAUAAUUUAAACGAUAGCUGGAAGUGGCGCUAAAUAAAAAGCUGUUUGGGAUGCAAAAGAGCUUUUUCUUAUUGCUGAGCUGAGCUCUCUAAAAGGAACCGGAAUUCCUAUCACUAAUUCAUGGCAACCUGCCCUGGCAAUUACCACUUACUUGACGAGAAAGAGUCUUUUAAGUAGAUGAACUAGGUCUUUACAUUUUUUUGUUACUAAUGCUUCCCCAUUCUAAGUAACUUGCUAUGCGACGCUAUGCUAACAUGUUUGCAUUUUGCCACAGGUUUGGGAACUUCAUGUGAGGAAGAAUUAUUAUUAUUUUGGUCACUAGAAUUCACCGUUUGAAGUCAGUGUUGCCAAGUCCGCAGGUUUCCCGCAGCAUUUGCUACUUUAAUGCUGUUUUAGCGGGUUGUUUGUUGAAGUGCCCCAUCUGAAACUUGAUAUUCAUCCCCUGAAAUGCGUACUUUACCAGAGGAACACCACCAAAAAAACUUGUAUUUUACUCCCUGGAAUGUUUUUUUUUUAACCGGGAACCCCUUCAAAAUGCCAUUGGGCUAGUUAUGAGCUACUUUUAUGAAGCACCUGGGCAGGUUUUCUUACAAAAACCAGGCAACCCUGGCUGAAUGUUCACACUUAGCAUUAGAGGUUGUUAAAAACACCAAUGAGCGAUAGUAAUAGCGUUGCUUGACUUAGCUAAUUAACAUGUGUCAGUACGCAUCAGUGCAGAUAUCAUUUAUACAUGCUAACUCUUUCAUGUGUGCGGGUGCUAGAUAUUAUAUGAUUGAUUGUUUUUUGCUGGUCUCAGCAGAUGUCUCUGUCGUUUGUCACUCAUGGUUGAGGUGUCAGCACUAACCUGAAUGGAUAUUGAUUUCGUACACUUUUUUUUUCCCCAGCACUGUCAGACUCUUUUUCGGUGUGGAAACCUGCAUAGGAUUUGUGACAUUUCAGUCAGGAUGAGAUAGGCUGCAUUGACUUUCACCUGUCACGAAACGUAAAGACGCCGUCUCAAAGGUUUGGCCAUAACUGUCUGUGGAUCAUAAUGCUCCUGAACCCAAACUUAGAUAUAAAAGAACGAGUCAGCUAGGCUGACUGGAGUCAGAAUCACACGACACCAUAAUAUUUCAAACAGCUUUGCCCUGUUCACAGUACCCAUGGGGUUUGAAUGACUUUUAAUGAGACCAGCUGUUAUUCGGCCGUCUGGGCUGACCAUUACAGAGACACCGAUUGUGCAGGAAGCUAAAGUCAUUAGUGUCUAACAACUGCAAGCCUACUAGCCUUUAAAGCGCACAGGAAACAACAGGACUAAACGCAGCAAUCAUAACUAAUGGAGUGCUGCAGACUUCGUGCGUCUUUGUAUGCUAAAACCUGGAAAUGACUUAGCAUUUGAGCGCUUCGGGGUCCAUUAUUCUGGUCAAUGUCGCUCAAGAUGUUUUUACGAUUUAUUCUAGGGCAUGAAACGCAUCACUGACACCGGCUUGUGAUUGAAGCUUUUACACACACGACACAGAAAAAAAAGUUGCGACACAACAGAAGUAGCGCGACUCAACAAAAUUAGCCGGACGCCACCGAAUUGUUGUUGUGCUAACCACGUGUGCGGUAGUUCUAUCUAAUGGGAAAAUUUAUAUUUUUAACCGUAUUAUUAUUUUUAAAUGUAUUUUUUUGACGUCACGACAGGGCUUUAUUCUGCAUUCGCCAUUCAUAUCAUCAAGAAAAGCUUCUGGUGGUUGGUCGUCAAAGCUUGGCUAGCUUCCCUCUCUCACGCUUUUUUUACAUUCAUAACGUUAAAAGAUUUAACGUUCUCAAAAGGUCUAUGAUAUUGUUGAGGAAAUCUUUUUGUAACCCUUAAAUAACAGGUUUACAAAAUAAACUUAUAUAUGCAAUUAUUAUUAUCAAACGUUUCGGAUCCGUUUCGCGUUCACGUUUUGAUAACCUCGCCCGGGUUCUUCUCUUAUUUGUGAACCCGUCAAUUAUGGACACUCCCUUUUAGAAAGAUUUCACUGUAACUGUAUUCAGACACAGGCUAAAACAAUUCAUCACACCACGCCAAAGUGCUGACAACGAUAUCGUUUAAACCGGUGGACGAAAUUAUAUGCAGAGAACGGUAUAAUAACGGUGCGUUAUUUCCCUCUGAGUUUAGUCACGCAGCUAUAUUUCAUCUCCUCGCGCAGAGCGUGAAAAACAGCUCGACACAGUAUAAAAACGGCACGGAUGGCACGAUAGACGUGUCUUUUAAAGUUGAGCUCUUUUUUUUUUAACUCCGACGCGUCAAAGAACACGACGCGACGUAACGUCCGUCUGACGCAUGCGUCUAAUAAUUCAAAACAGCGCAGACGGAACGCAACGACACGUUCGGUGUGAACGCCCCCCGGAACGCGGGUCAUUCUUUGAGCCACCGAAGGGUGUCCGUCCGUCCUCUUACAGUACGUAACCAUGACAACAGCCCCGGAUGGUGGAGCGCGAGGGUAGACAGGUGUUGGGUUGCGCAGAGGAGAGACACCUACGCGAUCGCUCCAUACUUUCCCAUGUAUCCUGCCUUCAUCUUCUGCACGCGAGGAUCUCUGUCGGGAACCGCCACCAUGGUGCAUCACUCCGGAUCCAUACAGUCCUUCAAGCAGCAGAAGGGUAUGCACACCAGUAUCAGUGAGAUUUUGAAGGAGAAAACGCUAAAAUCGUCUCGCCGCAGUUUGCCGUGUCUGGCUCAGAGUCAGACGCAUCCUCAGAACCUCAAUCACUUCCUCUCUGUGCCUCUGAGUCCUGAACCCAAAACAUACAACCACAGCGUCAGUGCCUCCUGCACACACAUCACACCUCCUCCCACAGACACUAGUCAGGAUGCCUACAUGGAAGAGAGAGAGGUGGGGGAGUUUGAGCCUAAAACGGAUGAAACGUUCCUCGUCCAGCAGAAGCCGGUGUCCAGAGCAAAGCUAGAGGCCCGCACAGACUCCAUACAGGGAAGCAAUCUAGAGAACCCCUCGGGAUUGAUGUUUAGAGAUGGGAAGAAGCGCAUCGACUAUAUAUUAGUCUAUAAGAAAUCCAGCCCUCAGGUGGAGAAGAGGUGCACGUUUGAGAGGAACCUGCGGGCAGAAGGACUAAUGCUGGAGAAGGAGCCCUCAUUAACCAACAGUGAUAUCAUGUUUGUGAAGAUUCAUGCACCGUGGGACACGCUGUGUAAAUACGCCGAGCAGAUGAACAUUAGAAUGCCCUUCAGGAAAAAGUGUUACUUCACAGACUGGAAGAAAAAAACUAUGGGCAGUCGGUUUCAGUUGAGAUUUCGUCAGUUGAAGAGCUGGCUGCCCAGAAACCCCAUGAAACUGGAUAAAGAGGCGUUACCGGACCUGGAGGAAACCGACUGCUACACCGCCCCCUUCAGCAGGGCCAGAAUGCACCAUUUUACCAUCAACAACAGAGAGACGUUUUUCUCAAACUCAACCAGAAGCAGGAUAGUACAUCAUGUGCUACAGCGCACAAAGUACGAGGACGGGAAGUCUAAGAUGGCUCCUCCGUUGUGUUGUCUGUAUCUGCUUAAUUAUUAUGGGCAUCACGAGCGGCUCCUCAUGGGCCAGUCAGGGAGUUCAUGGGAAGGAAUUAAUCGGUUACUUGGCAACAGUACAUAUGAGGCAGCAUUUCCUCCGCAUGAGGGAAGUUAUAAAAGCAGACAUCCGAUUAAAACCCACGGGGCUCAAAACCACAGACACCUUCUGUACGAGAGAUGGGCACGCUGGGGGAUCUGGUACAAAUACCAGCCUCUAGAUCUCAUACGGCGGUACUUUGGGGAGAAGAUUGGGCUGUAUUUUGCCUGGUUAGGCUGGUAUACGGGUAUGCUGAUCCCUGCUGCUCUAGUCGGCCUCUUUGUCUUCCUCUAUGGGCUUUUCACCAUGGACUCCAGCCAAGUAAGUAAAGAGAUAUGCGAGGCCAACACCACCAUCAUGUGCCCCAUGUGUGAAGGCAAUUGCAGCUCUUGGACGUUGAGUGACAGCUGUGUCUAUGCAAAGGUGACCCAUCUUUUUGAUAAUGGAGGCACAGUCUUCUUUGCUAUAUUCAUGGCAAUAUGGGCCACAGUAUUCCUUGAGUUCUGGAAGAGGAGGAGGGCGGAGCUAACCUACGACUGGGAUUUGAUUGAUUGGGAGGAAGAAGAGUGUAAAUCCUGUGUCAUGGUGUGUUCUGAGGAACUCCGGCCCCAGUUUGAAGCCAAAUACUCCCGGAAAGAGCGAGUAAACCCCAUCUCAGGGAGACCAGAGCCCUUCCAGCCCUUCACAGACAAACUCAGCCGACUCAUGGUGUCUGUCUCGGGAAUAUUUUUCAUGAUCUCUCUGGUCCUGACAGCCGUGUUUGCCGUGGUGGUGUUCAGGCUCAUAGCCAUGGAGAAGUUUGCUUCCUUCCAGUGGGAGUUUGUGAAGAAGAACUGGCAGUUCGCCACCUCAGGCACCGGAGUCUGCAUCAACUUCAUGAUCAUCAUGUCUCUGAAUGUGGUCUAUGAGAAAGUGGCCUACCUACUCACAAACCUGGAACAUCCUCGGACAGAGUCGGAAUGGGAAAACAGCUUCGCCCUCAAGAUGUUCCUCUUCCAGUUCGUCAAUCUCAACAGCUCCACCUUCUACAUCGCUUUCUUUUUAGGAAGGUUUGCUGGCAGGCCCGGUGACUAUAAUAAGCUGUUUAACCGGUGGAGGAUGGAGGAGUGUCAUCCCAGUGGUUGUCUGAUUGACUUGUGCCUGCAGAUGGGAGUGAUUAUGGUGUUGAAACAGAUCUGGAAUAAUUUCAUGGAGCUGGGCUACCCACUUCUGCAGAACUGGUGGUCCCGGCGUAAGAUGAAACGAGCAGGAGAGCAGAACAAGAGUAAAGAAGAGCUGCCGCAGUGGGAUAGAGACUGGAACCUGCAGCCCAUGAACGCACACGGCCUGGUGGACGAGUAUCUGGAGAUGGUUCUACAGUUUGGUUUCACUACAAUCUUUGUGGCUGCGUUUCCACUGGCUCCUCUGCUUGCUCUGCUCAACAACAUCAUCGAGAUCCGAUUAGACGCCUACAAGUUUGUCACGCAGUGGAGGAGACCGAUGCCCGCUCGCGCUACUGAUAUCGGUAUCUGGCAUGGUAUCUUGGAGGGAAUUGGAGUCGUGGCUGUCAUAACAAAUGCCUUCGUCAUUGCCAUCACUUCGGAUUAUAUCCCUCGCUUCGUCUACGCUUUCAAAUAUGGGCCCUGUGUGGACAAGGGUUACCGGCAUGAGAAAUGUCUUAGAGGAUACUUGAACAAUAGCUUGUCUGUUUUUGAUAUGGGUGAAUUGAGAAAUGGGAGUUAUCAUCCUCGAUACUGCAGGUAUCGGGAUUACAGAGCGCCUCCGUGGAGUCCUGAACCCUAUGAGUUCACCCUGCAGUUCUGGCAUGUUUUAGCUGCCAGAUUAGCCUUCAUCAUAGUCUUUGAGCACCUGGUGUUUGGCAUUAAGACCUUCAUAGCCCACAUGAUUCCAGACAUGCCCAAAGACCUGUGUGAUCGCAUGCGCAGGGAGAAAUACCUGAUGCAGGAGAUGAUGUAUGAGGCGGAAUUGGAGCACCUGCAGAAAGAGCGGAAAAAGAAUGGCAAACGUUAUCACCAUGAGUGGCCUUAGCCAUGCCUGUCCAUAAAUACAUUAAAAAAUGCCCACUGGAGACCCACAUACACUACCCACAAAAGCACAUAAAGACCUGAGAGCGGUGAACAAACGUCCACACAACAUGCACACUUGCAGCACAUAUGUGAACACGGACAUUCAUGUACAACCGUUCCGCUACCUUGGACAGCUAGCUUUAUUGACUCCAUGCAUGGGCUGCCCACUUUCCAUUGCUGUGACAAACCAGGGAGCGGAUUCAGUGUUUGAGGUCAAAACCUGAUCUCCGGGUGGCCCUUUAGAGCCAAGAGUUGGCAGCUGUACUCUGCACCAAAGAGGUUCUUCUCAAUCACACGAUCCCUACCUGAGUCCUCAAAUUAUCCUAAAUUUUCAUCCCGCUGAGUAGUUCUAAAACUUCAGUGAUUGGCUGCUUAAAAUUUUGGCUCAUUAGAUAAAAGUAGCUAUGAAAUCAGACUAAUGGAUUGGGAUACAAAAAAGUUUGAGAAUGACUCCACUAAAGAAAGCCACGAUUGAGCAUUCUGUCGAUAGAAAUGUGUCUUGAGGGUAUGGGAUGAAUGGGAUUAGUUUAAAAACAAGCGCAAAUGAAAUAAAUUGGAUUUCCCGAAAGCACAACCGGAUCCACCUGCCUUCUUAACAGCCAACAAACGUGUGUGCCAGCGCAGCACAUGAAGGAGUUUCACUUCCGCAAACCACCGCUUUGUCUGUGUGCAGCGUCAUCAGCAUUGAGAUCAAUGGAUUACAGCGUUUUCAGACACACCGUAAACUCCAGUGUGUAAGUGGGGAAUAUCAUUCAUCGAACAUGUGUCCUUCCCAGCAUGGCCUGCAGUGGCGCUGCUCUUUCAUCUGUGUUCUGUGGUAGUUCUGAAUGGAGCGCUUCUGCGGUUGGAUUGUUUACUAUGCAGACGAAGGGCUUUUGGAGUUCCUGUUUUCUGCUUGCCUACUUGUCUGCGUCUCUGUGCGUGGCAGCUAUCAUCCCGCUGUGAAGCAGUUCUCUACCUGGUGACCAGACGUUUACUUACGAACACAUUUACCGAUACGCCCUCUCUCUUCGCUUGCCAGCAUCUCACGUUGUGAUUUCUUGUUACAAAAGUGGUUUCUGGUAAAGGUUACCAAAUAAAAAUCCAUUUGUUUAUGCAAAUGAACAGUUUUUAUGUACUGCAUCGCCUUGAAAAGAUAUGCAGAUCUGUCUUUCGGUACGAUAAGUCCUUUUGUCGAGGCAAAGUAAAUAAAAAAGCCAAUAGUGGCAAAACGGUGAUAUAAGUAACAUGCAUGAUUUUUUUCAUUUUAUUUUAAUUGCAUGUUGUUUCUUUGUUUUUUUAUUAUUUUAUAAGACUAUGUUCAUAUGCCUGGUUUUGUAGCGUGCGUGAGCUGAAUUGCUGUGUGAGUGUAGCUGCGUUUGUUGCGAGUUUCGUGUCGCCGUCGGUCUAUGAGCAAAGACUGUGGCUAUCUUUGGAGCAACAUAUUGGCAUCGCCGCGGUAUAUAGUAUGUGUGCUGUGAAUUUUCCGUAUGUGUAAAACACCCAGAUGGAUUGCUACGUACAACCUGAGUGAGCUGUGUGGAACGCAGUAUCCCACAAUGCAAUGCAUUUGUGACGUAACCUACAGUACAACAGAGCAAUGCCGUGAUGAAAUGCUCCUAUUCAGAAUAAGAUACUCCAAAAUACGUCAUCCCCGUAGCACUCGAUUUCCAGUGUAAUUACAAUAAUGAAAAAUCCACUCCGGGAACUCCAAAAAUCGAUUAUGAAAAUGCGGAUUUACAGUUUUUACUCCCGAAUCAAUAAGUGAUGUAGCAACAAUGUAGCACACUACCGUUUGAAGCAUUUAUUGUUGCAUAAUGGAUGUACUAAAAAUAGCAUGCAGUAUGCGUAAAACAUACAAGUAAGCAGUAAGUUAGUGUUCCACUCUAAAAGCAGUCAACUACUGUAAAUUAUCAAACAUCACAGCAUAUUAAUCUAUCGACCAUUAUCCAUACAGUCCGAGCUUAAACAGAUGUGAUGAUAGAAUUACCAUUGGGAAAAUGAAUUCUGUUUUACUUUUUUUUGUAUGUGUGCAUGUUUAAAUAUGCGCGUUCAUACCUGUGUGUCUGCAUGUGUGUGUGUGAGAGAGAGAGUUUUGUAAAGCUGAUGAAGUGAGUGCUCCCAGCAUGCAUCUCAUUCUUACACAGUUUUUUCAAAAAGCAACGGCUAUGUUCGAAAUAGCAUACUUCCCUACCGCUAUUUUUUACAGUAUGCAUAGCGUGCAUAGAAUGUGAAUUUUGUGUGCAUAGUAUAUUAAGGCUUACUGCAUAUGCUAUAAUCUGCAUUAAGAACAGUGCUUAAGACACUGUCCCACAAUGCAAUGCGCUCGACUUGAUCUUGAGUGUGACAUAUGCACUCAAAGUAAUGACAACUCACUCUCCGAUCAGACUGAGGAAAAAGUGCAAUAUAAGCGUUUUUAUUUCAGAGAGAUAACUAAGUAGAACGUACUUAAAAAUGGUAAGAACUUUUCAGUAUGUGAUUAAUAUUCAAGAGUAUCCCAUUUCGAACACGGUCAGUGCAUCUGUCCCCCUCAGGCCCUUUGAGUGUUUGCAGAUGAGAUAUUUGUAUCAUAUUUUCUUAGCUUGAAUCGAGUAUUGCUUUUUUAAGUAUAUAUUUUUGCACUUUCCAUUUGCAUGGGUAAGACCCCAUAUGGGUACAGAUUUACACUUUAAAAAAAAACGCUUAAAUUGUGUUCUCGCUUCAUAGAUACUUCACUGAAUAAAAGUUGAAUUUUAAUUAAUUUUCAUGAAAGCACUUUAGGAGCGUAUUUUUUCCCCCGUUAGCUCUAUAUAGGAUUUGCGUUUAAAAAAUAAAAAGGUUACAAAUAUUAAUGUGUAGUUUAUUGGAAACGGUGGUUCUCAUCUGGUCGGUAGAAACUUGAAAUCGGUCUCCAGUCUGUUCUGGUUAGAUUAUUGUAGCGCUGUCAAAUGAUUAAUCGCGAUUAAUCGUAUCCAAAUAAUAUAUAUAUACAAAAACUUUUACUUUGAAUGCAGUUAAUCACGAUUAAUCAUUUGUCAGCGCUAGUUUACUGAUAGCAAGGAAAAACAUGAUAAAUGCAAACAAUAAAUGUUGGGUCGCCAUUUGGGCCCUGAACAAAAACCAGCUGAGAAUCACUGUAUUAGAAACUAAAAUGUGCUACGGAUGUUAAACAGGACCAGAAUUUCAUCAGUAAAAUGGAAAGGUGAAGCUUAUCUGAAACAGGAAGCAGUCUUUCCUAUGACACACCAUUCUCUUGGUGUACUGUAAUCUAUGCAUGACCUCAUUGAGGAGCCCAGCCCAUCUAGGGCUCUUGACAAAAACCUUUGUGUAUUUGUGCACUUUUUACUGUGAAGUGUGCAUGGCCUAUAUCUGCUUAAACUGGAGAAGACUGACCUGAGAUCAGUAAAUGUUGUAGUGGUUCUUCGUCACGAAUGAUCCGUUGUUAAUGGCCUUGUGGUGAUCUCAUUAACAUUCAUUUGCAGGUUAUCGGACGACAAAUGUUAUUCAGGUUUUAUCCAAUACACUUGGUCGUGUAUAAAAUGUCUUCAUUGAAAAUGCCUGUCAUAAGCACAUUAAACAAUAAAGAUGUUUAUAAUGAGCAA